GAAAACCAUAGGACCUGAAAAAAGCUAAUGUCAGAUUAUGUCAAACUAUGCUUUUGCAAAUUGAAUAGCUUAAUUAGUCAAUUUCUAUAUGGUGUAUGCUGUGAUCAAGUUUAUUUUCAAUAGGUCACUUGUAAAUAUGGCCAGCUGGAUCAGUGACAACAGAUGCACAUCAGACAGAAAUGACUGGGAAUGGGAUUCUGGUUUGGGAUCUCAGGAACUAAGGAACUCUUUCAGAUCUUCAAAAUCUCUCUUGCUGUCUGAGUUUGACUUGUGGGAAAAGUCCCUCUUUAAAUCACGGUCCUCAGCUUUAAGUUGUGUCGAUGUGCCUCGAUCAGAUCACAGUUCUAAAAUCAGCACCAGCUCCAUUGGCCGUAAAUAUGGGAUGAAACACAGCGAAUCAGCUGCCAGACAAAGAUGUCAGUCUGCCUCACGUCUGGCACCGGACGGAGCACCCGGGUCUCAUUCUGAAUUUGAGCUGAGAAGUGCACUAGACGACAGCAGAAUGAAGAGGACAGAGCUCAUCCACAGACUUCGGGAAGUUCACAACCAUCUGGACAUACAAACAGACCUGCUAAAAGCCAAAGAGACCCAGCUUGAGCAGAGCCAGAGCAGUGCCCAGCUUCUGGAGCUCAAGCAUAAGCAGCUGGCAAAGGCAUUAAGUGUUGUUGAGGAGAAGAAAGAAGCAACUGAGCAAAGUCACACUGAGAGUUCAGAUCUGCAGGACAAGGUGCUGCAGCUGGAGAUGGAAAUUUUAAACAUGAAAUCUAGCCUUGAGAACAAGAGCAAUAAUCAAAAUCAAGCAUCAAAUUCAAAGCCCCACCUAGGCAGGACCAUGCCUGAAACAAAAAACGAAUUUGUCAGAGAGGGACAGAAAAUAGCUGCGAGGGAAAUCAAGAGGCUUGAAGAAGCCCUCAGAGAGGUAAAAGAGAGGGCCACAACCCUAGAGGCUGAAAAGGACCAUGCUUUAACACAACUUCAAUUCUAUAAAAAGGAUAAACAGAAGAUAUUGAAUCAGAUGGAAGAGCUGAAGCAGAAGUUUGGUAUGUCCUUGGAGGCACAGACUGAUUUGCAGGACCAGCUCAGUGAGACCAGCAGUCGCCAUGGCCAACUUGAACUGGAAAAUGAACUGCUUACCACAAAAAUAUUGCGAUUGGAGGAUAACAUAGAGGACCUGAAGUCCAAGCUCUCCAGUGCUUUAGCUGAAAAAGAUCGCCUUGUGCAGGAGAAAACUGAACUGCACCAAAGAGUGCAAAGUUUGGAUCUAGAGCUGCAAAGAUCCCAGCUGGGCAGAGAGGGCUUUACCCAGCAGGUGUGUGAUCUCCACUCUGAGCUGACUCAGGCCAAGAGCCAGGCCAGUCAACAACAGCAGAGUAUCUUAUUAAUGAAAGAGGAAAUGCACUUAGGCAAAGAGAUGCAAGAGAAACUUUCAGCCAGCCUGGCCACAGCCACAGAGAGGCUUCAGGAAACACUACAGAAGCUUCAUGAACUGGAAGCAGAGAAAUUGAUCCAAAUGAAUCAGAUAGCUGCCCUGGAAACUGAGCGUUUGCAGCUGAUUGAAGAGAAGGAGGAGCUGAUGGACGUGUUUGACCAGGGAGAUCAGAAAGAGUUACGAGACCUAAGGGAGAGAUGCUGUCAGCUCCAAGAAUUACAGAAAAUUUUGGAAUAUGAAAAGAUGGAGCUUGAGACACAAUGCCAGGGCCUGGAAAAGAAAGUACAAAAUGUUGAGGCAGAGUAUGAUCUUAAGAAACAAGAGCUGCAGCUCAUGAAAGAGAAAAUGGAACAAGAAAAGGAGGAGCUGAAAAGGGUGGCAGCUCACUGGAAUGAGCGAUGGAUGGAUGUUGCAAUGGCAUUGCAGUCUACUCAGGCUCAACUAGAGGAGACCAAGAAGUCACAGCAAGACACUGAUGCGCUGAGGGAAAAGACUUCAGAAAUUACCAUCAAGUUGGAGACAUUUGAGUCAGAGAUGAAGGACAGCCAAAAUCUGAUCCAGAGAUUGCAAGAAGAAAAAACACAGUACGAGAAAGAGCUAGCUAGAGUUAAGAAAGAAGCUGGUGCUUUGGAGCGAGUGGAGCUUGAUGCCUGCAGACAACAGCUGGAACUAGAGAGGAACAGAAGCCAGAACCUGCAGCAGAGACUGAUGGGAAACCCUGUGCCUCUGGAAGAAGUGGAUGGAGAGCUGGUGCAGCUUAAGGCUGAGUUGAAGAAGGUGUUGGACAUGCUUAAGAGUCGUGACACUGAGCUGGAGAAGCAGCAGCAUGAGUUGCAGUCUGCUCGUGACCAGGUGACUCAGCAGAAUGGGAAAGUACAAAGACUGGAGCAGCAACUGGAUAAAAGAGAUCAGGAAUUGAAACAAAGAGAUCUAUCCCUAAAAGAUUUUAUACGACAGAGAGACACAGAGAAAACAGAGGCCCAAACCAAGAUAACUGCUCUUGAAAAUGAGAUUGCUGGACUAAAAGAUCUAAAGACCAUUCAGAAGCUGGGCCCUCAACGAAAAUCCCUGAAGGAAGAGAGUUGUAAGUCAACUGAUCAUCUAAAGCAGGAAAAAGAGCAGCAUGUCCACAAAGUGCAUAGUGUCAGACCUCCACAACAGGGAAAAGAAGAGAGGAAAUCAUCAUUAAUGAAGGAAAAAGACACAUCAGAAAAAUCUGAUAUCGUAGAUCCUGACCAACAGCAGAGACUAAUCACGGAGCAGCUGAAAAGUCUGUUUAAGGGGAGAGAACAGAAGGGUGAUAUGGCAUCUCCCAUGAUCCAGAGAAAAGCUGACUCGGUACUGGACUCCUAAAGUUACAAAG